CGGCGGGCGCUCCCUUUCAUCCCCGGCGUCUCAAGGUGCUGCGUCCUUCAGCUGAAGCUAAGGCCGUUUUCCCCCGGCGACUGGCACCGCGCCCCCACCGUUAUGGCCUCCGUCUCCGAGCUCGCUUGCAUCUACUCCGCUCUCAUCCUCCACGACGACGAAGUCACCGUCACGGAGGAUAAAAUUAACGCCCUCAUCAAGGCGGCGGGAGUGAACGUGGAGCCGUUCUGGCCGGGCCUGUUCGCUAAGGCUCUGGCCAACAUCGACAUCGGAAGCCUCAUCUGCAAUGUAGGAGCCGGUGGUGGAGCUCCAGCUGCGGCCGCUCCUGCGGGUGGUGCUGCUCCCGCGGGCGGUGGUGCUGCACCCGCCGAGGAAAAGAAAGAAGAAGAAAAGAAGGAAGAAUCAGAAGAAUCUGAUGAUGACAUGGGCUUUGGUCUUUUUGACUAAAUACUUUUGUAUCUGCCUGUAAUAAAGAACAUUUGACCAUA